AAAAGUGUUUCUAUUUUUAGUAAUGAAUCAUCUUGAUUGGGACAAACUAAAAAGGAAAGUGAGUCAUCUUCAAUGGGACGGAGGGAGUACUAUUCUAAGGAGCUCAAGAAUCAAGGAUUUACUUGCAAGUAAAAAUGGAAAUGAGGAUUUCUCCUUUACAAAAGUUGUUUCACAUUAGAGAGAGCUAAAAAGAGGAAAACAAGUGAGUUGAACUCCAAAUCUUUGAGGAUCUUAUCCACACUUUUCCUCGGUUAUCGUGCCCUCACUCCAUGCCAAGGGGUCAAAUUGUAGUCUCUAGAGAUAGCAUGAGUUGUCCUUCAACCCCGUCAAGGAAAUUCCAAAAAAUGGUUAGAUUUCUUCUUCAACAAAAACCAAGGAAAAAGGUUGUUCAUGAAAAAUAGUUAGAUUUCUUCUUCAACAAAAACCAAGGAAAAAGGUUGUUCAUGAAAAAGGUAAGUAGCCAUUUAAGAUCUUGCAAAGAGCCUCUGCAGUGAUAUCUCUCUUCCAAGAAUAAAUCCACAAUGAACUCAUCAAAUAAUGAGCUCCCCUGGACUUUCACAAUUGAGGCAUAGGAGCCUCCUUGCAAAUUCGAAAGUUGAGGGAACCUUUAUCUCAAAAUAGGAAGAUGAAUGAGCUGUUAGGGACAACCUCGGUCACUCUCAAUUUCACCAAAGUGGAAAUGGUGACAAGUGAAGCAAGAAAGAUGAGUUUAUCCUCAAACCCAAAUGAGAGGAAUCAUAUUCUCCUAAAUCACAAAUGAGAUGAUAGCUUUUCCAAGACUUGUACAAAGUAGGCAAGGAAGCCUAUUUAACAAGCUCAAAAGGAGGAGGAAUCUUUAACUCCCAAUGCCUGCCACAAAAAGACAAGGAAAUCAGCUAUAUAUACAGCCACCCUCUUUACCACUUAGAAACUUCUUGUCGAAGAGUAGCAAGGAGUAGGGGAGAAGCUGCAGAUAAUUGGAGUCUCAAGGACCCCAAUCCAAUAGCCUCCACACCAAGGUGGCGGGCGCCGACACGUUGUAGAAGCGUUGACCGAAAGGAAAAGGAGAAGAGAAUAAAUCGGAGAAAAACAGUCGGCGAAGAAUGCGCGUGAUGGUUAGCUAGAAAUCGAUAACAUCAUCGAUCUCAGAUCCAUCACACAAAUCCGAAAAAACAAAAAAAUGGAAAACGACGACGCGCAGUGCAAGGCAGGCGAGGGCGGGCGGUCGUUCCGCCUCCGCAGCCCGAGCCUGAACUCGGUGCGGCUGCGGCGCAUCUUCGACAUCUUCGACAAGAACAACGACAGCGUGAUCACCGUGGACGAGCUGGGCCAGGCCCUGGCACUCCUGGGCCUGCAGACAGACCAGGCCCAGCUCGACUCCAUGGUCCAGAGCUACGUCCAGCCUGGCAACACGGGCCUCUCCUUUGAUGACUUCCAGGCCCUCCACCGCUCGCUCGACGACGCCUUCUUCGGGCUGGCGGACGAGGCGGCCGAGGUCGACGAUAAGCAGGAGGAGUACGACCUCACCGAGGCCUUCAAGGUUUUUGAUGAGGACGGAGAUGGAUACAUCUCUGCCCAGGAGCUGCAGGUCGUGCUUAGCAAGCUCGGCCUGCAGGAGGGCACGGAGCUCGACCGGGUCGAGAUGAUGAUCUCGUCCGUCGAUAAGAACCACGACGGGCUGGUCGAUUUCUUAGAGUUUAAGGAUAUGAUGCGCAGCGUCAUUGUCCCUUCAUCCUAGAUUUCAUUUUGUUUUUUUUUUUUUGCUAAUAAUAAACUACUACUUAAUUUCUUCUUGUUGAUGGUUUAGUUAUGUGUUACUCUCUAUGUUUUGUGCAAUUGUUGGUAAUGGUAAUGCAAGGAAUAUGCAUCCAUUUCAUCUAUGUUGUAACUUGUAAGAGGCGUCACCUUAUUAAUUCGUAUA